AAACGGUUGCAAAGAGCAGAAGGGGGUAACCCAGUUUCUUCAGGCUGAUUGUAGUGAAGGCGUCGGUAGUUCGUGCACUACAAUGGCGAAAACUGGGGUUAGUCUAGUAAUAACAAUUUGUGCAUUGAUCUGCCCUGUCCACUUACUGGACAAUGGCCUUGCACAGACCCCAACCAUGGGCUGGUUACAUUGGGAAAGGUUUAUGUGUAACGUUGACUGUGUGAACGAUCCCCACAAUUGUAUAAGCGAGCAGCUGUACAUGCAGAUGGCUGACAUUAUGGUGCAGGAGGGCUGGAAGGAGGCUGGCUAUGAGUAUGUGUGCAUCGACGACUGCUGGCUCGCCCAGGAACGGGAUGCCCAGGAUCAGCUGCAAGCCGAUCCCACACGCUUCCCCAGCGGGAUCAAGAAACUCGCUGAUUACGUUCACUCUAAAGGGCUGAAACUAGGGAUCUACCAGGACGUUGGCAAUCUGACCUGUGCUGGAUACCCUGGGAGUUAUGGAUACUAUGACUUGGACGCAGAGACCUUUGCGCAAUGGGAGGUGGACCUGCUGAAAUUUGACGGAUGCAGUUUUGGCACGUUAGACAUACUGGUGGCAGGUUAUAAAAAUAUGUCAAGGGCACUGAAUGAGACUGGAAGGAAUAUUCUGUACUCUUGUGAAUGGCCUCUAUACCUGUGGCCUUUUCAGCAGCCCAACUAUACCGAUAUCCGUCAGUACUGCAACCACUGGAGAAAUUAUGCUGACGUGUAUGAUUCCUGGCAGAGUGUGAAAAGCAUUAUUGACUGGUCUGCGAUCCACCAGAAUCUGAUUGUGCCAGUGGCAGGACCGGGAGGGUGGAAUGACCCGGAUAUGCUGGUGAUUGGUAACUUUGGGCUGAGCUGGGACCAGCAGGUAUCCCAGAUGGCAAUGUGGGUGAUGAUGGCAGCACCGCUGCUGAUGUCCAAUGACCUGCGCAGUAUUGACCCCAAAUCCAAAAUGCUGCUGCAGAACAAGCACCUCAUUGCCAUCAACCAGGACCCCCUGGGCAGACAGGGCUACCGCAUCGGCAGGGUCAACAGCUUUGACAUAUGGGAGCGGCCCCUGUCAGGUGGCCGCUUCGCGUUCGCGGUGUUUAACAGACAGGAGAUCGGUGGCCCACGCCACUUUCCUCUCUUGCUGACUACUCUUUCCUCCUGGAAGGCCUGCCAUCCAACAUGCAGUGUUACCCAAAUCCUUCCCAGUUACCAGGAUCUGGGAGUCCACAACCCCUUUUCAGCCCUACAACUCCAAAUCAACCCAUCUGGGACAAUCCUGUUCACUGUGACAUUGAACGAGAAUCUGGCUGCUGGAAAAAAAUGGAACUGGAACAAGAAGCGUAAGACUCCCAACUCUGUAUUUUAAUACAGGACAGCUUCAGCAAUGCUAGUACAUGCUGAUGGCUGGAAUUCAAAUAGAACCUAAAAUCUUUUUGAUUCUUUGUACAAACAUGUCAGUUUAGCUGAAACACAUGGAUUCCAAAAACCAAAGCUUUUUUUUUGUUUGUUUUAUUUAGUAAGCUAAUGCAGAGACCUCGAUGUUAUUAACCCUUUGCAGUCCUAUGUCGGACCAAGUCUGACGUUACAAUUUUCCCAUUACAGUUCAACAUAAUCCUAAAGACGUAAAGCGCAGGUCUCUAGUCAUUCUUUUUGCGGAAAAAGCCAAGAAAACCUUUCAAUGGCGUGUGUGAAAAUAAAUUGGACCUGAUGCGCUUGACAAGCGCUGAAUAAAUGGACUGCAAAGGGUUAAAGUUUGCAAGCUUAUUUUUUAUACCAGAUUGUAACUUAUCAGGCUGUUUUGUGAAUGUGCCUCUAAUGCAUGUAAUUUCCAAAAGCAUAAAAGCAUUUCACUAGCAAUGUUACAUUGCUGCAUCAGAAGUACAAGUAAAAUUUAACUUGGAUUACUAAAACUGUCUUAAAACAGUUGGAAAAUGCUUAAAACAUGGACUGUGAUUUUAGCAGGCUAACAUUUAAAAUAAAUAAAUAAAUAAACUCUUUCUGUUGCCUUCGUAGCAAAGGUCUGUAUAUACUUCUGUUUUAUAUGAAGAAGCUGGUCUUCUUGACUGCAUUUAUUCAGUAUAGGCACCAGCAUUGGGUCUCAGACCCACCUGUUGUGUUUCAAAAACAACUUGAAUUUAUCUUAAACCUGCCUGCAAGUUAAUUGAGUAAUACUGUAGGAAUGUUCAGACAGAAUGCUUUUGGUUUUGUUGUAUUUUCUAGGUUUUUGUAUCAAUAAAGGGAAUUGUUUAAUCAGGGGCUGCCUUUAGAAAAAUACAGAAAAACAGAAUAAACUGUAUUGUAAAAUCUUGAAUGCACUGUAUUGUAAGUUUUUCUUCAAAUAACUUUGGCUUUUAUACCACUAAAUAAAAAGCACUCAUUUA